AUGAGCAAGCAAAUUCUGGUUGUUGGCCUAACCUGUGUUGAUAUAAUCAAUUAUGUCACCAGCUACCCGGCCGAAGAUAGCGAUUCACGUGUCAUGAAACAGGUUUGGACCAUUGGUGGAAAUGCAGCAAAUAAUGUUACCGUACUGAAUCAGCUUAAUUCACACUCAAUUUUAUUCUCAGCAAUUCCGAUGAAUAAUCCGGUUAUCACUUCGUAA